AUGAGUGCUAACAGCCAGGCCGUGAGCCAGCUUCUCUGGCAGGGCCCCGUGUGCGCUGGCUGGAAGCGGGAUCUGGAAGGGGCCGUCUACCAUCUGGCCAACUGCUUGUUGCUGCUGGGCUUCAUGGGGGGCAGCGGGGUGUAUGGAUGCUUCUACCUCUUUGGCUUCCUGGGCACGGGCUACGUGUGCUGUGUGAUGUGGGGCUGGUUUGAUGCUUGCGGCCUGGACAUUAUCCUCUGGAGCUUCCUGCUGGCAAUGGCCUGCCUGCUCCAGCUGGCUUACCUGAUCUACCGCCUGCGCAGGAACACCCUCCCUGAGGAGUUCGAAGUCCUCUACAAGACACUGUGUCUACCCCUGCAGGUGCCUCUGCAGGUGUACAAGGAGAUUGUUCACUGCUGUGAGGAGCAGGUCUUGACUCUGGCCACUGAGCAGACUUAUGCUGUGGAGGGCGAGACACCCAUCGACCGCCUGUCCCUGCUACUCUCUGGCCGGGUUCGUGUGAGCCAGGAUGGGCAGUUUCUGCACUACAUCUUCCCUUACCAGUUCAUGGACUCUCCUGAGUGGGAAUCGCUGCAGCCUUCGGAGGAGGGAGUGUUCCAGGUCACUCUGACUGCUGAGACCCCGUGUAGCUACAUUUCCUGGCCCCGGAAAAGUCUCCACCUUCUUUUGACCAAAGAGCGAUACAUUUCCCACCUCUUCUCGGCCCUGCUGGGCUAUGACAUCUCAGAGAAGCUCUACGCUCUCAAUGACAAGCUCUUUGCCAAGUUUGGGCUGCGCUUCGACAUCCGCCUCCCCAGCCUCUACCACGUCCUGGGGCCUGCAGCCUCCGACACAGGGCCAGAGUCGGAGAAGGAUGAUGAGGAAGCCCGUGAACCAGCCAUGGCCUCAUCCGCCCAGCAAACACCCCCUCGCUCUCCUCUUCCGGCUUCUGCCGGCCCCCCUGCACCUCCUUCCCGGGCCAGGAUGUCCAGGCCUGACAGCGGCGUCCUGGGUGAGGACUCCACCAGUCUGGUGCUGGAGGAUUUUGAGGAGGUGUCGGGAUCAGAAUCGUUCAUGGAUUAUAGGAGUGAUGGGGAGUACAUGAGGUGA